AUGCAAAGAUUCAUAGGACCAGCACUAGCAACCUUCUGUGGUGUUGCCACUGCCGUCGCAGCAUUACAGCCAGAAUUUCAGAAGCAGGCAGCAGAAAGGGAAGGCGUGGAUGUAGAGCAGUUUCAGCAACAACACAACGGUGCCAUCCCGCCGACCUCACGCGACCCAGAGAUUCCUGCUAUCGAUAACAACAAGUCAAUUGGGGUAGAAGUGAAAGAGCGUCUUCAAGAGGCCAAGGACGAAGCCAUGUCGGAGAUUCAACAUGCGAGGGCACAUGCAAAGAAUGAGAUACAACAGGCAAAGACCGAAGUCGCACCACAAACGGCCUGGUGGGGCUUGGGCUUGUUUGGAGCAAGUCAGGGCGGUGCUGAGAGUCCAAAAGAAGAUGGAAAGACAAACUGA